AUGACUCUAAAACGCAUAGCUCUUUUUCUGCUUACACUAUCAUCCGCAGCCACAUCUUGUGAUAAAGACGAAUACUCAGCUCUAAACGAAAAGGGCGAAUUUACUCUGCCAAAGCUGCCUUAUCAAUAUGGUUAUCUGCAGCCACAAUACUGAUCUCAAUUGCUCUAUUAUCAUCAUGUAAAAGUCCAUCAACAACUGAUAGAUCAGUUAAACUCUUAUAUCUCAACCAAUUCCACAUAUACCAGCCUUACCCUCACUGACCUUCUUAUUCAAUACGGAACUACAGACUCUAAUAUCAGCAGAUAUGCAGGUGGCCAUUAUAAUCAUUCAUUACUCUGGUGGAUUCUUCUAAAUUCUCGCUGCGGAAGCUCAGAUGAGCCAAAUGACAACUUAGGCCUAGAUAUUGAAAGCCAGUAUGGGAGUUUUUCCAAUUUCCAAACCGACUUCUCAAAUGCUGCAAAAAAUUUAUUUGGAAGUGGCUGGGUUUGGGCCUGUGUAAAGUCAGGAAGCAUCCAAAUUAAAACGAACAGUGAUGAGUCAUCUCCACUUGCUGGAGGAGAUUGCUACCCUUUUCUAGGAAUUGAUGUAUGGGAGCAUGCGUAUUAUUUUUAUUAUGAAUGGGAUAGAGAAGAAUACAUUGACUCCUGGUGGGAAAUAAUUGACUGGAAUAUGGUCGAAAUGUUUUAUGAGGACUAUGCGUUGGAAGGAAAAGCUGUUUCAGUUUAA